AAGAUUGGUGGGACGUGGAUGGUAAAAGAUCUGAAAGCAGUGAUGUUUGUUUGGAGGAUGGGAUAAACAAGAUUUAUAAUUUUUAUUUCGAUAAUAUUGAGGAAGUUGCGCCGGAGAUUAAUAUCGGGAAACUUGAAGAGAAAGACUGA